UGUUGAAAAUACUGUUAAUAUAAAAAGUGACUGGCCUUAUCUCUUAACAUACUUUCUAAUAAAGCUGGUUCAGAUUUAUCUUCACAGAAGAGUUAUUGUGAAAUAUUCAUACACCUGAAAGUAUGAGGCUGCCCUACUUCCCUGCGAGGUCGAUGCUUUUCCACAAAGAGCCAAACGGAGUGACAUACCGAGUCCCGGCACUUCUCUACCUGUCCCGCUGCAGAUCCUUCCUGGCUUUCUGUGAGGAGAGACUCAGCCCAUCUGACUCCCAGGCUCACCUGCUGGUGAUGAGGAAAGGCGCUUUCUACAGGAACUAUGUGGAGUGGGAGGAUAUGCGUGUCCUGGGAACUGCUUUCCUGCCAGGCCACAGGUCCAUGAACCCGUGCCCAGUGUAUGAUGAAUUCACCGGCACUCUCUUCCUGUUCUUUAUCGCUGUGCUGGGACACACCUCAGAGUCCCAUCAGCUGGUGACAGGAAAGAAUGUAACUCGACUCUGCUACAUCUGCAGCACUGACUAUGGGGACACAUGGAGUCCUGUCACUGACCUUACCAACAGGGUCAUAGGAGACACUAUUAAAGAAUGGGCCACUUUUGCUGUCGGCCCUGGCCAUGGCAUCCAGUUGAAGUCGGGUCGCCUGCUCAUUCCUGCCUACGCUUACCACAUCGAGUGCAAAGAAUGUUUUGGGCAGCUCUGCCAGACCACUCCCCGUGCCUUCUGCUUUCACAGUGACACCCAUGGCAGAACCUGGCAUUUUGGGGAGGCGGUGCCAGGCCCAGAGAGCGUGGAGUGUCAGAUGGUCUCUGUGGAUGAAGAGGAUGGGACUAAUGUGUUGUACUGCAAUGCACGCAGCACACUCGGCUACAGGGUGCAGGCCCUCAGCCUGGAUGAUGGAGCAGUGUUUCAGGAGGGACAGCUGGUGCAGCGGCUGGUGGAGCCUCGGAAUGGUUGUCAUGGUAGUAUUGUUGGAUUUCCUGCGCCAUUGCAUCUAUUUCAAAGCCUUAAUCAUCACUUACACCAGCCAAUGUGUCACUCUAGACACUGGACAUCCUACAUGACCUACUCAAAUCACAGCAUCUCUCCCUCUCCUGAUAUCACCACUUCUGUUUCCACCAGCUCUUUGUCACCCAAUCAUAGGGCCCCUCCAGAUUUCCUCACCCCCACCUGGGUACUAUACUCCCACCCAACAUGGACGACUGCACGCAAGGAUCUGGGCGUGUUCCUCAGCCUGUUUCCCCGUGAUCCAGAUAGCUGGCAUGGCCCCUGGGUGAUCUACGAGGGCCCCAGUGCCUAUUCUGACCUGACCUACUUGGAACUGCCACCCUCACCUGGAGCACCACCUGCUGUAGCCUUCGCCUGCCUGUUCGAGUGUGGCACUGAAACAGCCUACGAUGAAAUCUGCUUUAGCAUCUUUACCCUCUAUGAGCUUAUUGAUAACCUGCCUCGGGAUGUGCAGAUGGGAAAUAAUGAUGAAUAUAAAAGACAGCCACAUCAAGUUCAGAGUUGUAUAAAUAGACAUGAUCAAAAUUCACUGGUUUUCCAACAGCUGCCUCAGUUGAAGAGAAAAAAGAGCAAGUUGACUGAGUCGUGUUCUGUGUCUUAAAUGUAAUUUAACACUUACUUAUACACUCAGUUGCUACUUUAUUAGAUACACCUGCAAUCCAAUACCACUGUCAACAAGAUCAACCUGUAAUGCUCAGCUUCUUGACACUGUCAUACAGUAGAUGUGGUAAUUCACCUAUGUUUUAAGAUCAAGGGCAUACUGUAGUUAGUGAUAGUACUGCUAAGUGUUUCUAAUAUUCUGUCCCCAUCUAUUCCAAGUUGUGUCAAAAAAAAACACUUCAUUUUUGAUUAAUAUAUUUAAUGGAAUCUCGCUCUUGCUUUUACUUCUGAAGAGCCUCUGUCAGCAACAACAAACCUGUUAUAAUGGUUACAACAUAAAUCCACAGUUCUCCGGUGUUUUAAAACAUCAUGAAAACCAUCUUUCCACUGCCCAAGUUCAGUUAACUUAGAGUUAAGCUUGUGUGUGAUGACAAUAAAAAGUCAUCAUCAAUGGAGGUUUGAUACUAAGAUUCAUCAUGGCAGUGGGUAAAUAAAGAGUAGAACCAAGCAGCAGGUAAAGAGCCUGAACUGGAGUGAAGAGAAGAUCAACAGGUUCAUUCAUUUAUUUGUUUAGCAGACUUGGAUUUCUUUAAUAAAUACUAAGGGGCUGGAAUCCUACUGUUCGCUACAUUCAUUUAAAUAGGCUACACAUUUAUUCAGCUGUAAACUGAUGGGAACAUGAGAUGGGAGGGUGACUCUUCCUACCAGCUGCUCUUGUCCAACUGCACCACCUCAGGCACCCAGUUAAUGCAAAAUACAAAUUUAUUAUUUAUUAUGGUGAGUUGAGGACAACAUUUGUAUGCAUGUGAGAGAAAGAUAAAGAAAGAGAGAAGACAUGAGGUGAAGGGAUCUUUUGUGUCUUUGUGUCAUUUUGUAUCCUUUCACCGAGAGCCCUGCGCCUUAACCAUUAGCCUAGCUAAUUACUAGUUCAUUCAGACUAAACCUACAAUUUUGUCCCCAGAAUCUAUUUUCAUAAUUUGUUGAAGCCUCUACACACCAAUAGUUCCACCACUGAGAUCUUCUCAGGACUGUUUCAUCCAACCAAACAGGCCUAUUCAGUUUUACUAUCAUAUGACAAAAAGGUAAACGCCACUGGCAAAGAUGGAAACAGCUAAAGUAGCAACUGCAUUCCUUCCUCAUUAAAAAUGAGGAAGGAAUAACUGAAACAAAUAACUGACUGGAAUCUGACAGAACAGUGAACAGCAACCUGUUUGUGGCAAGAAAAUGUGGACAUUGUCUCCUCCCAGCAGCCCACAACUUUUGAUUAUGAACCAGAAACUCUGCAGAGAGGACAUCAAAGUGAGUUCACCACAGAGCAGACAGUAAAGCUCUCUAAAAGGUUUUAGCUAAUAAAAAUAUCAUCUAAGACUGAGAGGUCUUCAAUAUCAAUAGGCAGUAUAAGGAGUAAUGAAAUGAGCAUUAGCAGCAUUUCAGAUGUAGUCGUUCAUAAUAACUGUAUACAGUAGCUGGUUAGUGUCCUGCUGGCUCCUGAGAAAUAGGUGUAAUAAAGUUACAGAGUAGUAGUAGGUGGGUUAGUAGUAGCACCUAAAGUAUUUGUAAUAACCGGGGCUGGUAGAUAAAAUCUUUAAUUGCUAAAUGUAUUGCUAUAUUUUGAUAUAAAAUAUCCAGAUGGAAAGUCAGCCUUCAAACUGUCAAAUCAAGAUGUGUCAUUAUUGUGAUGCUUGAAUCCUUUAAAUUCUUAAAAACCAACAUCAGCAUACUGCAGGACAUUAGAGGUUAACUUGGGGAAAAUAAUAUAUAUUGAAUGAGGAGAAGCCACAUUUGGAUGGAACAUUUCCAGAGGGUUAGUCUCUCCUAAAGACCUUUGAUGAUUAGUGGGUGGUCGGGUUUGGAAGGUUUUCUUUCAGAGGAACAGGCCAGCUCCAAGACAGAAAAAAUGCUCUUUAUAAGAAGGUAAAACUGUUCUCCUCAUUACAGCAAACUCUUUGUGGCUACUUCAUAUUGUUAGGUAAUUUCUUAGUCAGAUAGAUAUUUGUUAGACAUCUGUUGUAUUAGCA